AUGCAGCAACAGUCCUUCUACGAGAAUGCUAUCCCCAUCGCCAUAUCUGAACUUCGAAGUGAUAAACAAAUUCCUACCCUGUGUCAGUAUUUCGAUGGUGGCCAAUGUCGUGUAUUCAAAGUGAUCUUUACAGAUGGUGAGAGCUGGGCUGUGCGAGUGCCUCUUUUUGCCCAUGCUUCACAGAACAAUGUUAUACAGCUUCUCAUGUCUGAAGCUCAUAUUCUUGAAGAGCUUGGAUUGGCAGGGUUCUCUUGGGCUGCAAAGCUCCAGGCCUGCAGUUUCACUUUCCAUAAUGCAAUCAGAUACCCCUUCAUUGCAUUGACAUGGAUUCCAGGCAACCAGCUUUCAUGGUCUGAUGAAUUUCCAACGCGACCUAUUCGAAAUAAAAUCCUGGAUCAAGUUGCAAAGUUGCACAUAUCACUGAUUGAAUGUACUAAGAAAGCCAGGGGAUCUUCCCUAAAACAUUUCACCCGGAUAAUCAAAAAUAAGAUUUGUCGAGUUCGCGAGGGCCUUUUUCCAGAAAUCACAGAGCAGGACUGCUCUGAUCAAAUGAACAUUCUCUCUAAUGUUCUUGUACCAGAACUUGAUGAAGCGCCUUUUGCCAUUGACCAUGGUGAUAUAUCACCACGCAACAUACUCAUAGAUGGACAGCAUAAUGUCACAGGCAUUAUUGAUUGGGGGUUUUCAUCACGGGUGCCUUUUCAACAAGCAGCCUGUUUCCCUCGAUUUCUCCACUCCCAGAACAUUGACAUAGCACCAAGUUCUACCCUUCUGAAAGACCGGGAGAUGUACAUUACCUCCAUUCAAUGCCAGAAACCAUCAACAGUAGCAUCGAUGAUGAUUCAAGUGCUAUCAUCCAAAAAUGCUGACUUUCAAGACUGCUUUCUGGAAUCGAUCGUAAGCAAAGGUAUGCAUCGACGACUGGCACGUAACGGAUGGAAGCUUCCAUCUUGCGGACAAGGUGACAAUGGGGAAGGUAACGAAAGCGAAGGCAGAUUUGUCUGA